AUGGCGCCGGCGCCCCGAGGCGCCCGGGAGGCGCGGCCGCGGCAGCGCCGGCGCGGCCCCCUGUGCCGGCUCCUGGUCCUCGCCCAGGCCCUGCUCCUGCUGCCGGCCGCCCGGGCGGGCCCCUGCCCCGCGCCCUGCUCCUGCCGCCUCCCGCUGCUGGACUGCAGCCGCCGGAAGCUGCCGGCGCCCAGCUGGGGGGCGCUGCGGAGCCCGCUGCCCGCCGCCGCCAGCCUGGAUCUGAGUCAUAACCGGCUGUCUAACUGGAAUGUCAGCUUGGAAUCUCAGACAUUGCAAGAAGUGAAAAUGAAUUAUAAUGAACUAACAGAAAUCCCAUAUUUUGGAGAACCAACCUCUAAUAUUACUGCAUUGUCAUUAGUCCAUAAUAUGAUUGCAGAAAUAAAUGCAGAGGAGUUCCAGUUUUACCCUGCUCUCGAGAGCUUAGAUCUCAGUUCAAACCUGAUAUCAGAAAUCAAGACCGCUUCCUUUCCUCGAAUGCAGCUGAAAUACCUGAAUUUGAGUAAUAAUAGGAUAACCGUUUUGGAGGCUGGUUGCUUUGAUAAUUUAUCGAGUUCCUUAUUAGUGGUGAAGUUAAACCGUAACAGAAUUAACAUGAUUCCACCCAAGAUCUUCAAGCUACCUCACCUCCAAUUCUUGGAGCUUAAAAGAAACCGAAUUAAAGUUGUGGAAGGUCUAACGUUCCAAGGUCUGGAUUCCUUAAAGUCUUUAAAAAUGCAGCGGAAUGGAAUCAGCAAACUGAAGGAUGGUGCUUUUUUCGGCUUGGAUAACAUGGAAGAACUAGAACUGGAGCAUAAUAACCUCACAGAAGUGAACAAGGGGUGGCUGUAUGGCUUGCGAAUGUUACAGCAGCUCUAUGUGAACCAGAAUGCUGUCGAGAGGAUCAGCCCCGAUGCAUGGGAGUUCUGCCAAAGGCUGUCUGAACUUGAUUUGUCCUAUAACCAGUUGACCCGCCUGGAUGAGUCUGCCUUUGUGGGGUUGAGCUUACUGGAGAGAUUGAACUUGGGGGACAACAGAGUCACUCACAUUGCCGACGGCGUGUUUAAGUCACUCUCCAACCUUCAGACGCUAAACUUAAGAAACAAUGAAAUUUCAUGGGCCAUAGAAGAUGCUAGUGAAGCCUUUACUGGACUCACAAGUCUCACUAAAUUAAUCUUACAAGGAAAUCAGAUUAAGUCGAUUACAAAGAAAGCAUUCAUGGGUCUUGAGUCCCUGGAGCAUCUAGAUUUGAACAACAAUGCCAUAAUGUCUAUCCAAGAAAAUGCUUUUUCUCAGACUCGCUUGAAAGAACUGAUUCUGAACACAAACAGUUUGCUCUGUGACUGCCAUUUGAAGUGGCUGCUUCAGUGGCUCAUCGAUAAUAACUUUCAACAUUCUGUGAAUGCAACGUGUGCACACCCCGAGUGGCUGGCGGGGCAAAGCAUCCUGAAUGUGGAUCUGAAGGAUUUUGUCUGUGAUGAUUUUCUCAAGCCACAGAUAAGAAGGCAUCCUGAAACCACAGUUGCUCUCAGAGGUGUGAACGUGACUCUGACGUGCGCUGCCGUGAGCAGCAGUGACUCACCCAUGUCUGCCGUGUGGCGCAAAGACAGUGAGAUCCUGUAUGACGCUGACAUUGAGAAUUUUGUUCGUUACCAACAGCAAGCUGGAGAGGCUCUGGAGUACACUAGUGUCUUACACCUUUUCAACGUGAAUUUCACAGAGGAAGGAAGAUAUCAGUGCAUCAUUACCAAUCACUUUGGUUCUAACUAUUCUUAUAAAGCCAAACUGACUGUGAACGAGAUGCCGUCUUUUCUGAAAACCCCUAUGGAUCUCACCAUUCGCACCGGAGCCAUGGCCAGACUAGAGUGCGCUGCCGAAGGGCACCCUGCCCCGCAGAUUUCCUGGCAGAAGGACGGCGGGACGGACUUCCCUGCAGCCCGGGAGAGACGGAUGCACGUCAUGCCCGAGGACGACGUCUUCUUCAUCGCAAACGUGAAGAUGGAAGACAUGGGCACCUACAGCUGCCUGGCGCAGAACAUAGCGGGAGGCCUCGCAGCCAGCGCCUCACUCACCGUGCUCGAGACGCCCUCCUUCAUCAGACCGCUGGAGGACAAGACCGUCACCCGGGGUGAAACUGCGGUGCUACAGUGCAUAGCCGGAGGGAGUCCUGCCCCUCGCCUCAACUGGACCAAGGAUGACGGACCGCUGCUCGUGACCGAACGCCACUUCUUUGCUGCAGCCAACCAGCUGCUCAUCAUUGUGGAUGCUGGGCUGGAAGAUGCUGGGAAAUACACCUGCGUCAUGUCCAACACUCUGGGAACAGAACGUGGUCACAUUUACCUAAAUGUCAUCUCCUCCCCCAAUUGUGACUCUUCCCAGAGCAGCCUCGGGCACGAAGACGACGGCUGGACUACAGUUGGCAUCGUCAUCAUCGUCGUGGUCUGCUGUGUGGUGGGCACCUCUUUGAUCUGGGUCAUCGUUAUUUACCACAUGAGAAGGAAAAGUGAAGACUACAGUAUCACGAACACAGAGGAGCUCAACCUGCCUGCAGACAUUCCCAGCUACUUGUCUUCCCAAGGAACUCUGUCUGAGCCGCAGGAAGGCUACAGCAACUCUGAGGCGGGCAGCCAUCAGCAGCUCAUGCCUCCUGCCAACGGAUAUGUACACAAAGGCACCGAUGGUGGCUCUGGAACCCGGGUUAUCUGCUCAGAUUGUUAUGACAACGCCAACAUCUACUCCAGGACGCGAGAAUACUGUCCGUACACCUACAUCGCUGAGGAGGAUGUUCUAGAUCAGACACUGUCGAGCCUCAUGGUCCAGAUGCCCAAAGAGACGUAUCUGGCACAUCCUCCCCAAGAUGCCACAACCCUGGAGAGCCUGGUGUCACCGGCAGACAGAGAGACGCCUGCCUUUCCCACCAACCACGAGAGGAUGAGCGAGAAGAAACUCUCCUCCACACAGAUGGGCAGCGAAACGUUGCCGCGGCCUCUGUGGACCGUGAGUGGAGAACGGGGCCCGCCUCCCGCCCCCUUUUCCCAGCAGCCCGUCCCCGAGCCCCCGCCACUCCACCAGCACGAGGGCCAGGCGGAGGGCGGUGCCGCCCGCUCCGCUUGCCCCCCGCCCUGCCACAGGCUGCACGACCACGCUUUUGAUCUCAGCAGGACUCGGAACAUUCAAGAGGGAAGCGAGGGCACAUGA